UCAAUAUGUCACUUAUCAAAAUAAAUAAUAAAUAAAUAAAAUGUAUUCAAGGGAUCUUGUAUUACAUCUAUAAAAUAAAUAAUGUUGAUUAAUGAUUAAUGUACAUUAUAGGAGAAAAUUUGUUAAACUACAAAAUACAACUGUAAAAAGUCACAUGGAAUCUUUAUUUUCGAAAUCACUUGAAAUGGAACAAGACCCUUUGAGUGCUGUCCCAUCUGUUAACAUUGAAGAAGAGGCUACUUUUGAAAUAAAUUAUAUGCACAGCAAUGAUUUAGAGAUACCACCCAUAGAAAUAGACGAAUUUGGCUCAAUGGAAGAUAAAAGCUUUUAUAUAUCAGAUAGUGAAUUAAAGAAAAUCAAAGGAGAAGCUAUUAUUGAUCCCACGUUUGAAUUUAUUUCAGCACAAAUAGAAUUUGAGGAUGGAAAAGAUUAUUUACAACCUUGUAGUAGCAGGCAUGUUCCAAAUCUUAUGGUAAAUAGAAGAGGUAAAGAGAAAGCUAAACGAAACAACCUGUGUUAUUGCCCUGUUUGUAAGAAAAAGUUUCCAACUUUGUUAUCAAGAAAAAUACAUCUUAAGAAACACUUUGGUAAAAAUCUAGUGACAUGCUACCACUGUGGUCAAAUAUUUGCCGAGCAAAUCUCCUAUUUAUUCCAUUACUCACGCCACUUCAUAAAAGGACAAAAUUUACAACUGUUCAAAUGUGACAUGUGUCUUAAGAAGUUUCGAUCGAAAUUCCAACUAGCCGAACAUAUUAUGUUUGCACAUUUCGUGGACGAUGACAACGGCAAAGCUAAAAAAUUUGUGAUGAACACAGUUCCUUUAUAUAAAUGUAAAUUGUGUACGAAGCCAUUCAGACACAAGUAUCAAUUGGAUCAUCAUUACAAAGGACUCACUUGCAUUAAUAAGCAGCCUGAUGGUGUCAAGUACACUUGCCUACAGUGCCCUAAACUUUUCGAUAAUCCAGAAGCUCUAAGCGUACAUACUUCCAAUCACCCAGCUAUGAAUAGACCGAAGAAUCGUCCAUAUAAAUGUCAAUACUGCUUAAUGUUCUAUUACAAAAAAGAAACGUGGCAGCAACACAUCUUGAAACAUAUAACGUCGAUAGAACCUAUUUUAAAUCAAUGUGAGGUGUGCCAAGUGCAAUUUAAGAAGAAAGAAAUUUUCGAAAACCACGUUAAUGUCAACACACUUGAAGAACCUUAUCAAUGUCAGGCCUGUAUGCAAUAUUUUACUCUAAAAUGCCAUCAGUUUACGAGUUGCGGCAAAUCUGUAGUCACUCCGCCAAGUGACUAUCGAGCAGUCUGUAAUAUAUGUGAUGGACAUUUUAUUUCUGAUGCUAAUUUAACAAGACACAUGCAAAGGAUGCAUGAUCCUCUUAAACCACCCCCGAAGACGAAAAAAGAUGAUAAAUUAAUGAAAAAAGGUCGUAAAUGUAAUCCUAUUGGGCAGCAGCCCGUUGAAAAUAAAUAAAUAAAUAAAGUACAAAAUCAAUGGUUUGUAUGUAACGAUAGGGAAUAUUUGCUUGUAGUGCAGUCACUGAAGGUGGAUAUGAGCUAUUACCUCCGAUUUCGUUGAACCUCCAUCGAUUUGCAUGAAAAUUGGUGAGUGAUUAGAGAAUAUCUCAAGGAACAAAAGUGACAUGGUGCCAACUUGCGCUUUUACCCUGGGGGUGGAUGCCACCCCUUCUCUGGGGUGAAAAUUAUUUUAUUAAAAAUAACCCAUAAUUCGAUAGAGGGACAAAUUCUAACCAAAAUUUGUUAUAUAAAGUUACUAAAUUAAAUUUAAUUUUUCGUAAUUAGAUUUUAAUUUUUCGUAAGAAAAAUGCAUGUUUUUAACCGAUUUUUCAUAAAUAACUCAAAAACUAUAAGUUUUUACAAAAAAGUUAAUACAUAUUACCAAAAUUGAAGCUAAUAAAAAACGAAAUAAACUCCUUACUAGAAAAACCUAUUAAUGUUAACUAAAAGUGAGUUACAGGUAAUUGAAUAUAUCGAUGGCUUAGUGUGAAAACCUCGUAUCUCAUUAAAUUACAAUUUUACAGGAGAGGCAAAAACUGAUUUUCUGCAUACUAUAACCUAAAAACAAAAAUUACGUUACGUAUUUUUAAUUCGAGCACUUUGAGACCAAUAUCUGAUAUUGGCACAUAGCUAAAAGUGUUAAAUGUUGCUAUUAAAUUGGAAAUACAAAUAUUAACUAUGAAAAACAUGUAAAUAUCCUUGCAGUAUAUAGAGCCUUUGCCCAAGUAACUAUGAUAACCUCGUAUAUCUUGAUAUACGUGUUUUUCAACUCAAAUGAGGCUGUGUUUCUUAUUAUUUACGAGGUUUUCAUUUUUCAUAGCUUAUUGCACACCUCCUCCCAAUACAAAUCUUUUGAUUUAAGGUUCAUAAAAUGUUCCUAUAUGCUGGACUACCUUUUGAUGUUCACAAAAAACAUUUCUGCAAGUCGAAUCUCUCAAACAAACGCUCCAAACUCCAAAUUAAGUACCAAAUUCUUGGUUAUAAAUAUACCGUGGUAUUCACACUAAAUCAAGAGAGCAGUUGAUAUACGUGGUUUCUUUUUUCGGCUGUAGAAAAUAGUCUAUUAGUAUAUUUAGAAUUUUAGAGUACCCAAAUCUAAGUAUUCAAGCUUAAAUAACGGGAAAAUUAUGCAUUUUGUAACAUAAGCUUAUUAAACAUUUUGUCAAAAUACUUACAUGUCUCAUCUAUCAAAUGAGACCCGGAACGAGUUGAUAACAUUAAAAUUUAUGCUCCAAAAUUUUUUCAAAAUUUAUCUUCUAAAAAUUUUUCCAAAAAAUGUUAUUGUUUUUUUUUAAUAACUCCGUUAAUUUUUAAGAUAUCAGGUUUUUGUAAAAACCAUUUGAAAGAUACUUCUAAGGGCUAUUAAACCACAUUGAACUUAAUUUUUUCAAUCUCUUACUUUUUUAAAAAUAAAAGGUUAAAUAGCCCCGGUUACAUGGUUCUCGCAGCAAAAUUUAAGUUUUAAACGUUUCUAUCUCUCUUAUUUUUUACCCUACAGAAAUAGUAAGAAAGCUAAAAUAUUUGAUACAGAAAAACUAAAAUUUGGUUACACAAUCAUUUUUUACGUAUAUUGAGUAUUUUUGGAGUAUCAAAAUAAAGUGAAAAUUACGAUAAUUUUAAAAAUUCUGAUUUUUUUAAAUUACAUCUUUUUUUCAAUAAUAUGCAUUCUAAACCGGUCAAAAUUGUUGAAAUCAUUACUUAUGCUAAUAUAAAGAAAUUAUUGUAAGGGUUACUAUAAAUUUUAAUUUUUGUGGAAAUGGCAUAUGUGUCAUUUUUCACUUUUUCCUAAAAAAAUCGAAAGGGUUCUCUUAUUUUCAUCAUAACUUGCUUAAUUUUGAUGCUAUUAACUUCUCCUGGAGCUCAUUUGAUAGGUGCUGAUAAGUGCUUUGACAAGUGUUUAGUAGGUAUAUUUUAUAAAAUGCAUCGUUUUCCCGUUAUUUAAGCUUGAAUACUUAGAUUUGCGUCGAAAAAAUAUACCUUCAAAUACCCAUAACUCACUUUGAAUUAGCAUUAGUGUGGUUCUUUAAAUGAGAAAUGUAUUCAAUUUUUUAUUAUCUUUAAUUUUGGUAAUAAUAACUUUUUUGUAGAAACUCAUAAUUUUUUAGAUAUACGUGAAAAACAGCUUUAAAACAUGCAUUUUUUACGAAAAAAUAAAAUCUUCGAUCUUUAAUAACUCAAAAAGUAUUGAUUUAUAUUAAUAACUUUAUAUAAUAAAGUUUGCUUAGAAUUUGUCCCUCUAUCGAUUUAUGGUAUUAUUUUUAAUGAAAUAAUUUUCACCACCGAGAAGGGCUGGCAUCCACCCCCAGAGUAAAAGCGCAAGUUGGCAUCAUGUCACCUUUGUUCAUUGAGGUAUCCUCUAACUACAUACCAAUUUUCAUAAAAAUCGAUGGAGUUUCAACGAAAUCGGAGGUGAAAACCUUCAGUGGCUGCACUAUUGAGGACCCCUUAUAUGACUAGAACCGGGGCAGUACCAAUUGCAAAAAUGUGAUCUAUAGCGGCAUAAGUUCAAACAUGGUGAGGUAUGGCUAUUAUUAAAUAACGAAACUGAUAAUGUAAAACAUUUUAUUUUGACUCCUUACAUUUAUUUAUCUUCACGACUAAACUAAACUAUCUAGGUGGUAAUCUGAUGACAAUGAAGUAUAUUUUAAGUCGGUAGUACAAUCAGCAAUGAUCCAUAUCUGUUAAGUGAUCCAGACUAGUUUAUCCAGGUCUUUAAAAAGAUACAUAUGUAGUAUCCCAUCACUAGUUACUACAUUCAUGCUAAAAAUAUAUAUGUCUUUUCACCCAGGUGCAUCUCUUCAGCAUCAGUUUCCUUAUUUAAUAGCCGUACCAUACGUUAAAUAUUUGAUUAACCUGUUUUUAUAUUUAUUUUUUUUUGAACUUUACAGCGCUGAGAUGGGACGUGAAUUAUAAAUUGUAAAAUUCCCUCAUCUUCCUUAGUCUCAGCAUCCGUAUGGCUUGCAAAUUGUAGAAGCCUCGGAGGUGUAACCAGAGAAGGUUCCCAUUGUUUUCAUUCUGGUGGGAUGUAGAAUAGCAUUAUGUUGUUUUAUAUGCCAUUAGAGUGAAAACUUAGUCUUUUUGCUAACAGUUGCCGCUAGGGCAUCUAUGCCAUUUCGUUCAUUGCAAUCCGUGACUGCACGCCGGGGCUUGUUUUGGUUGGAUCAAAGAGAGCAGCAUGUGCCUCCUGAUGAGAGACUAAUAAGUUUCGAAACCGGUAGAGGCGCUUGCUGCAUUCUCUGAUUUGACUAGAAUAUGGUGUGGGUGUAUUUUCGUUUUGCAACGAAAUUGAAAAUGGUUAUUCAUUUUUGGUUUACAUGUUUACUCUGAUUGGAGUAUGAAGGGAACCAUUCUCAUUCUAACUUUACCGCACUGAGCAGAUGGGACGUGAAUUAUAAAUUGUAAAAUUUCCUCAUCUUCCUUAGUCUCAGCAUCCGUAUGGCUUGCAAAUUGUAGAAGCCUCGGAGAUGUAACCAGAGAAGGUUCCCAUUGUUUUCAGUCUGGUGGAAUGUAGAAUAACAUUAUGUUGUUUUAUAAGCCAUUAGAGUGAAAACUUAGUCAUUUAUUUUUUUGUUGUUUAUAAAUUUUUAUUUUUUAUUCAUUUUCAAACUAAAAUUUUUGUUGUUUGUUACUUCAGAAUCAUAAAAAUUUUAUGCUAGAAUUGUCAAAAGCAGAAUACGUAAUUUUUUAAGGAGGUAGGUGCAAAAUCUUGGUCCAAUUCUAUUUAAAUGCAUUAAUUUUUUUCGAGUACUGAGAAAACUAAUAAAUAUUUUUAAAAAAUUUAAAAAUAUUUUAAAAUUUUUUUAAAAUUUAAAAAAUUACAUUAUUACGGAGGGCCGAAAGUCCCUUAGAAUAAAAAGUUUUUUUUAAUGAAAUAUUUGAAAUAAAAAAUCACACUAUUUUUUUUCGCCCCUCCAACUUAUUAAAACAAACAUAGAAGUUUUCAGGGACUUUCGGUCCUAGGUAAUACAUACUGUCAUCUUUCAUUCUGCGUUUAAAUUUAUCAAAAGUAGGUACUUAUUAGUUUUCUUAGGAUUCGAAGAACAUGAAACCAUUUAAAUAACAUUUGACCAAAAUUUUGCACCUACGCCCUUAACUGUUUUCUUCAUAAAUAUUGACUUGUGUACAUUUUAAAACAAUGUAUAGAGCUAAACAUUGCAAAGAUCUCCAAAAUCAGUCCGGUUUCUGAGUAUUAAAAAGGUUUUUAUACAUACUUCACAAUAGUGUUGCACAUGGUUUAGUACUAAUUAUAACAAAAAAUGUGGUAAGGUCUAGUCAUAAGUGAUUUUUUAAAGUUUAUUGUGGAGAAUAAUUUUUUAGUUUUAAUAAAGGACAUCUAGAGUGAUUUGAGUUACUAUAAUUAUAGAAUAAAAAGUUCAGUUGUAAAUAUGUAAUAUAGCUAUAGCAAAUUUCAAUAAAUUUAUACCAAUAUC